AUGACGCCUGCACAAACGUCUGCUGUACUUUCUUACUUCAAAAAGAGAGGUUUCAAAAAGGGAGAAGAUACAUUAAGAGCAGAAAUUGAAGCAUUGACAAAUGGUCAAAAUCCUCAACAAGCACGAACAAAUAUUGGCAUGCGAUUUGGCAGUCCAUCCGUAAGUCUGUUCGAUCUAGCGGUAAAGAGUGCACCUCGUGAACCCAAUGCAACAGGCACUGCUAAUGGAACGUCCAAUGGAUCGAGUAACUCGCCUUUGGGACAAUUGGAACAAGCUGCUGUGCAGGCACUGAUGCUUGAUCCAACUGACAGAUCUAGAGGCUUCAGCAAGCUAAGAAAUUGGUGUGAAGGUAGUCUGGAGAUCUAUCAGCCUGAACUACAGCCUCUCCUAUUGCCAUUAUUCGUCCAUAGCUAUUUGGAUUUGAUCGAUUUAGGAUUUGGGGCUGCAGCAUCCGCGUUCUAUACGGCCAAUUCUUGGACAUUUUUACCACAACAUGCUGCUUUGCUUGCCGAUUUGCGAUUCAUUUCGCUCCCGUCUCAUGUGGCAGAGGACCCUAUCGCUCAAAGAUUCAGAAGUGAAAGGUUUGUGAUCAAAAUGACGUCAACCGUGUUCUCAUUGCUAUUAGGAUGGCUCACCGAUGGGAGUGGGCCUGCAGGCGGCGCAGGAGCUGGUGAAGGAGUAGGAGAUGAUGGUGCUGGCGAGCACGACCGAAGGGCUCGAGAAGCAAUGUUGAAGAUCAUCAAUGAAAGAAUGCGCGUUCAAGUUAUUGAUGUGAAGUCACAACAGCUAAGCAUAACAGCUCUCGAAGAAAGCACUGGACUGACAGGAGCAGGUCCAGCAUAUUCUGCUACAGGAUUCAAAUCUCGCAAAUAUCCUGCAUUAUUCUCGGCAGUCGUUUCGGAUCGGGAUGCAGUAUUGGACUACAAUCAAAAUGCAGCAGGCCCUCAACUUAAGCUGGGAGCUGAUAUUCCACUAUCGGAGAAAUUACAGACAGAGGUAGAGCGAGAAGUGGAAAGAGAGGUAAAUGCAGAGAAUAACAAGCAAGGCAACGAACAGAAUAAGGCCAUCACACCAAAUGCUGGAUCUGUCGCGCCCAAUCAAAAAGGUCUUCUGCAACCAACCUAUACUGACUUACCACCACAAGCACCUGUGUAUCGGAUAAUAGACAUAGAACGGGAAGUGGCAAAAGUGCGUGAUGCAAGGAAGGCUUUACGAUUCAAUCUUUCCCUAAAUGCAACAACGGGAGAAACCUCAAUCGCCAACCUAUCGGGCCCUUCAUUCAUGUCAAACGUUCGCGAUGCGAGCUUCAAUGCAAUGGGUGAAGAAGGUGCCAAAGCAGCCAGGACAGCAGCCCUGCCUAGCAUAUGCUCUUAUACCUAUCACGAUGCUGAUGAUGGUCUUACCUGCUCAAAAUUCUCACCCGAUCUCAGCUUGAUGGCAGCUGGAUUUGAAGAGAGCUAUGUACAAGUAUGGAGCUUGAAGGGGGAGCCUUUACGCGGUCUUCGUAACGAUUUCACACUUUCACAGGUACGUGACCGCAAAGCGUUGGACCGUCACCGUGAACGAACUACUCAAUCGACGAGGAAGCUGAUCGGUCAUAGCGGGCCAGUGUAUGGAGUUUCGUUUGACCCUAUUGGAGGAAGUGCUACACCGCCUCGUCAUUUGCUUAGUGCAAGUGCUGAUUCUACCGUUCGCCUAUGGAGUUUAGACACAUUCACAGCUUUGGUAGCAUACAGAGGACAUCAACAACCUGUAUGGGAUGUAGAAUGGAGUCCUUUAGGACUAUACUUUGCUACCGUUAGUGCGGACAAAACAGCAAGAUUAUGGAGUACUGAACGUGUGAACCCGUUGCGAAUGUAUGCCGGACAUUUGAGCGAUGUAGACUGUCUCAACUUCCAUCCGAACAGUUUGUACCUCGCUACAGGUUCAUCGGAUCGUUCGUGUAGAUUAUGGGACGUUCAACGCGGAGCAUGUGUACGAUUGUUUGUCGGUCAUCAAAGUGCAAUCUCAUGUGUAAAAGUGAGUCCUGAUGGUCGUUAUCUUGCUUCGGCAGGUGCAGGUAAUUCACCCACAACGGCAGCAGAUGGAAAUGAUUGUUCGAUCAGCAUUUGGGAUUUGGGCAGUGGAAAGAGAAUCAAGAAGAUGUGGGGACAUACAGCUUCGAUUUUGUCGAUGGAUUUCAGUGUUGAUGGAUCGAUGCUCGUUAGUUCAAGUGCCGAUUGUCAAGUUCGCUGCUGGGACGUUCGUGGAGCGGGCGGUGUACGCAAGCCGAAUGCGUUUGGGGCUUCCAUGAAAAGACAAGAUGCGAUCGCACUUGCUGACGGUCAAAUGCAAAAUUCGUCCGAAGCGAACGAACAACAAUCUAGUGCAGAUUGUAUAACCACAAUGUUUACCAAACAAACUCCUAUGUUGGAUGUUCAUUUCACUCCACGUAACCUUUGCUUAACUGCUGGUGCUUUUGAUGCCAGCGUUUUUUGA